AACACGAAAGGUCCACUCGUGCUGAAUUAUGCAACACGUUCCACGCCUUCUUUCAGAAAUGUAUAUCUGUCUGAAGCGGCUCACUCACGCUCACGCGAUCACUGCACCGUUUUCCCUCCUGAUUCCUGAUGGAGAUUAACUUAGUCAAGGGGAAGGAGACAAUCGCAGGGCUUGGGAUGCCGCGAUUCGGAGUCAAGCCCUUCUUGAAUUCACACUAUUAUCAUCGCUAGGAGAUUCACAUUAUUAUCAUCGCUAGGAGAUUCACAUUAUUAUCAUCGCUAGGAAAUUCACAUUAUUAUCAUCGCUAGGAGAUUCACAUUAUUAUCAUCGCUAGGAGGUUUAUUCUGGCCACCUCCCAUUGCGUUCCCCCGUCGCGUUCUCCAGUGGACGCCACGCCUGAAGAUUCUUUCUGGCCGAGGAUUCGUUUGCGACUGCUAAUGAGCGGAGCCGUCGUGGUAUUGGCAUAACAGCCAAUCAGACUACACAACAGCGAUCCUAGGCGAUCGUUGACGAUCCUUGGCGACGAGAAAAGCGAUCAUCACCAGCAAUAAGCGAUCAGAAGUCAAGCUCGUCGGGACUCAAAAUGCGACUUGUCGAACCCCUCGAGAGGCAAUCUUUUAAAAGCGAUUUAUUGGGGCGCCUCGACGAAUCACAAGACCUUUCCGUCCCUCGAAUCCACUUCCUCGCUGGUCGGUUCCCGCCACGACUCGGUUUGGCGUCUAACGCUCAGCGCAAUGGGGAGUCCCAGCGAGAGCCUCCUAACAUUUAGUACAAAGCGCCUGUCAGUAACGGAAUGGGGUCACUCCUCCAUUCGCCACUGUGCCAUAGCCUCGUCUUGUACCGUUACCGUCUGUUGUACCGUUACCGUCUGUUGUACCGUUACCGUCUAUUGUACCGUUACCGUCUGUUGUACCAUUCCAAUACCUCAUCCUCGCCCGUAACUCUAUUUCGAGACCGACCUUCGCCGAUUUCGUACAAGAAGAACCCGGGACUCCACGCCAUAGCCACUAGUAGCGGCUCGUCACGUCUCCGCUGCAUCGUUGCUGCUUCUGACCCUGAACUGCUGUCGCCGCUGACCCUGAACUGCAGUUGCCGCUGACGCUGAAGCGCCGUUUCUCUUGACGCCACAGGACGUCGAAGCUGCACAUUUCGGCUCUUGAACCGCUCUGAACCGCUGUUUCUCUUGUCGCUACAGCACGCGCGAGCGACCACGAUGGCCAGCGCGCCUUCCCGCCUCUCGUUUCUCCUCCUCGCCGUCAUUUGCGCAACGGGGCUGCUGGUAGCACAGGUGCAGGCAAUUCCACGCAUCCGCAACCAGAACGCUGUGCCCGCCGCCCCAGCAGUCAUCGUGGACACGUAUCUCAUGGUGGGGGACGCCAACCUGAACCUCACCGCCUCCCUCUGCUCCGCCGUUCCUGCGAGCGCGGUCACGGGGAUGGGGGACGUGCAGGUGUGGUGGAACCUCACCAGUUUUGGCAGCAACGACAGCACCAAUGGCACCACCUUUGGCAUGUAUCCCAGCGCUGACAGCACCGGUAGCAGUGAAAGCAGCAGCAAUAGCAGCAGCAGCAGCAGCCCUGUGCCGAGGGCCACGUGCGAGAAGCUCAACUUCUAUGCUGGGCGCAACUGCAGGGGCAUGCGGGUUUUGGCGAUGAACCAGCUCGCCUCAGCGCCGUACCAGUUCUACCUCGAGCCCAGCUCGAGGAGAGCCAUGUGGGCCAGGGUGGCAACUGUCCUCUGCGUUAUCCGGGACCCAUGCCAGCACACCACGUGUGCAGGCAACUCCACGUGUGUUCUAAUGCCCAGCAACGGGGGCGCCAUCGGGGGAAGCAAGGCGUGCAGCCAGGCAUUCACUGCUUCUGCUGCCAAUCAAACCUGCCAAGAAAAUGCACCUGCUGCUCCUGCUUCCAAUGCGGCCCCUGCUUCGGUUCCUGCUCCUGCUUCCAACGCUGCUCCUGCUUCCGAUGCUGCUCCCAAUUAUGCUGAUCCCGAUUUUGAAGAUCAUUAUUAUUCUGAAGAUGCUCCUGCGUCCGAUGCUGCUCCUGCAUCCGAUGCUGCUCCCAUUUAAGCUGGUCCCGAUUUUGCUGAAGACGCUUCUGCUUCCGAUGCUGCUCCCAAAACUGCUGCAUCGAAUUAUGCUGCUAACACCCCUGGUUCAUUUGCGUCGCUGCGGAGCCAGUGAGGAAAGCAUGCUCAACAUCCCACCAUCAGUUGCCUACCAACCAACCAGCUGCCCACCUGUUAGUUUAGCUCCGCAUUUUGUGUGCACCUGUCCUCCUAUGCGCCUGGCAGGCCGGCAUCAUCAACCUUUCCCACUUGUUGCCUGCUGUUGGAAAUGAUAAAAGAACUUAAGGCAUUUCCGGAGUCUCGCGUGAGUCAACACUGCAACAACACUACCGACGGUUGACACAGCUUGACGGCACCCAGCAGAGGUUACGAAAGGGCAACGGUUGCAGACCGUUGACCAUGCAACCCAACGGUUAGAAUCGGAAGAGUCAAGAGUCUGCGCGACAGCGAGGACAAAUAACCAUCCCGAUAUUACCAAAUGGGUCGUUACCCGAGUCGCCUUAUCGGGUCUUAAAAGGGAAUGUACCCUUUAAAGUGCACGAACAGUUAGACUCUUCAUAUUCACUUAUAUUAUUAUAUAAACAUUGUAUCCCUUU